AUGGAAGAAGCAAUUCAAACAUUGAAAAACGAAGCAAAUGGAAAAUUACUACGAAGAAGUUGGGUCGAUAAUAAUGAUGACGACAAUACGAUCGUGAAAAUGAAUCCAAUAGCAACGGAUAAGAACAAAUUUCAAGCUGUCAUUUUACAUGAUGAACCAUUUGCUGACAGUUCAAGCUUAAAUCAAAUUAACAGCCCGGCGAUUUCUGUUAGCGAAUCUUCUGCAUCCAAAAUAACCAUUACAUCAACCGUACCAAAUACACGAACGAUACGUGAGCGAAUAAAACAAAAGGUAAUAGAAGAAAUAGAAGUGAAACGUGAAACUGCACAAUUGAAUAAACGUUUGCAACGUCAACAACGUAAUACAUUAAUGGAGCAAAAUUCCGUUGGUACCGUUGCUGAAGUAAAUCAGGAAGAACUUGACAGACAAAUUGAACAUUCCAUAAAGCUUGGAGAAAAAUGUACCGCUGAUUGCAUAUAUUAUUUACCACCUGAUGAUGUUCAAUAUGAAUUUAUGACCGGACAAUCAUUCCAGAAUAAUCCGAAAACGGAAAUUAAACAGAAACAAACUUCUAAAGUUAACUAUAUGGCAGCACAGGUACAAUCACCUGAUGAAAUAAAACAAUUUGAAUCUUUAUGCUGUUUUUAUAAUAAAGGAUAUGAUGCGACAGCGUCAUCAUCAAUUGAAAAUAUACCGACUUUUAAAUUACAAAAUUAUGCAUUAUUAUCACAACGAGUGGGUGAACAUUUUCUUAAUGAUGAUGGAAUAGUAUUGGGAAGCAAUUUGGAUAUUGACAGAAUUCCGAAACGGCCGGAACGUUAUGAUGACGAUUAUCGCAUUCCAUGUCGAUAUAUUAAAGCUGAAAAAUGGGAUAAGGCGCUUAGUCGAAUUAAGCAGCAAGAAUUUAUACAAUUGGAUAUUGAUUUGAAUCGAAUCGUUUUCAAUUAUCAUUGGUUAUUUGGACAAGAAGAUUUGUUAUGCAGUACCAUUCGAAAUUUGCAUAAAAUGCAAUCAAUUCGAAUGCAAGAAGCAUUGAAAUUAUUAAAAGAAAUUGAAACAAAAGAAAAAAUACUACGUAAUGGAACAGUUCCACAAAAAAAUGAAAAAGAAAACGCAGAAUGUCGAAUAAGAGAAUUAAUGAUUGGCUUGGAGGAGAAGCAACAAAACUAUUUGGAUUUAGGCAAUAUGAUUGAAAAAAAUUGGAUUAAAUUGCAGAAAUUACGACAAAUACAAAAAUAUUCUACCACAACAUUAACGGUUAAAAAAAUUUCUUUCGAACAACAACAUGCUGAAAAAAGGUUUGAAUAA